AUGGACCCUGCCGAUAGAGAGCAUACGGCAUUCAUCACCAACCGCGGUUUGUACUGUUACAACGUCAUGCCCUUCGGCCUGAAGAAUGCGGGGGCAACUUAUCAACGGCUCGUCAACCGGAUUUUUGCUAAGCACAUCGGCGGCAUUAUGGAAGUAUAUGUCGACGACAUGUUGGUGAAAAGCCGAACGGCAGGGGGGCAUCUGGAAAACCUAGCCCUCAUGUUCGGUAUACUAAAGGACUACCGAAUGAGGCUGAACCCAACGAAGUGCGCCUUCGGUGUAUCUUCCGGUAAAUUUCUCGGAUUCAUGAUCAGCCAAAGGGAAAUCGAGGCUAAUCCCGAGAAAAUCAAAGCCAUAAUUGACAUGGAAACGCCGAAGACACAGAAGGACAUUCAAAGCCUUACCGGACGUGUCGCUGCCCUAACACGCUUCAUCUCCAAGGCUACCGACAAGUGCGUGUCGUUCUUCAAAGCCUUGAAAGGGGGCAAACAUCAUAUCGCAUGGACUCCCGAAUGCGACCAGGCAUUUCAAAACUUAAAGAACUACAUGAGCAAGGCACCGCUAUUAUCAAAACCGCUCCCAGGGGAAGUCCUCCUCCUAUACCUUUCGGUAUCCAACACUGCCGUCAGCUCAGUAUUGAUACAGAAGCCAGAUAAGGCAGAGCUACCGAUUUUCUAUGUCAGCAAGGCCCUUCAGAGCGCAGAGCUUCGGUACCCACCCUUAGAGCAGCUAGCACUGGCCCUGGUCAUCUCGGCGCGAAGGCUUCGCCCAUACUUCCAGGCUCACGAGAUCACUGUUCUGACAAACCAGCCCCUUCGGCAGGUACUCCAAAAGCCAGAAACGUCGGGCCGAUUGGUCAAAUGGGCAAUCGAGUUGGGAGAAUUUGACAUACAGUUCAAGCCAAGGCCUGCAGAAAAAGGUCAAGCCGUCGCCGACUUCAUCUCCAAGCUCACACCUCCUGCACUAUCGGAAGCAUCCUUUCCGAACGCUAUUCUUACUGAACCUGAGAAAGUGGAUGCUGAGCGCUUUGACACUUCCAUCCCUCUCUGGAUUCUGCACGUGGAUGGCUCGGCAAACCAGCAAAGCGUGACCUCUAAUAAUGAGGCAGAGUAUGAGGCUCUCUUGGAUGGCCUUCGGCUAGCCAAGAGCAUGAGCGCGAGACAGAUCAGCAUUCACAGUGACUCCCAGCUCAUUGUGAAUCAGAUAACGGCAGACUUCGCGGCCAAGGAUGCCUCUAUGUCAGCUUACCUAUCGGCAGCUCACAAACUCCUGCAAAAAUUUCAGGCCUACGAGAUACGGCAGAUCCCCAGGUCAGAAAACAGUCACGCCGAUGCGCUCUCGCGUUUAGCUUCGGCAAUAAAUGACAAGAUCGGAAGAAAUGUACCAGUGGAGAUAUUAUCCCAGCCAAGCACAACUACUGAGGUGUGUACCGUACGGUACGAAGACACAUGGAUGUCUCCAAUCUAUGCUUUCCUGACAAACAGAAUCCUUCCGACCGAUAAGUCCCAGGCUCGGAAGCUCCGUGGAGUAUGCAGUGACCAUUCAGGAUCCCGAUCGCUCGCACACAAAGUCUUCCGACAGGGAUAUUUCUGGCUGACUCUGCACCAAGAUGCGAACAUGUUAGUCAAGAAGUGUGACAAAUGCCAACGGUUCGGUAGCGUCCCUUAUGUUCCUGCCGAGCCACUCUCACCGAUUGUAAGCCCGUGGCCAUUCGCCCAAUGGGGAUUAGAUUUAAUUGGUCCGAUGCCAGAAGGCAAGGGUCAGGUCAAAUACGCUGUGGUUGUCAUCGACUACUUCACCAAAUGGGUAGAAGCCAAAGCCUUAGCAACAAUAACGACAGCCAGAAUUGAAGAUUUCGUUUGGACGAACAUUUGCUGCCGAUUUGGCAUCCCUACGCCAUCAUCACGGAUAACGGCAGGCAGUUUGAUUCGGAAGUCUUCAGAGAGUUCUGCAUUCGCCUCAAGAUCAACUUGUUCUUUGCUUCGCCAGCUCACCCCCAAUCGAACGGCCAGGUCGAAGCAAUGA